AGCCACUCUCCGGUUGUGGAACAUGGGCGCCACGCCAGGCCGUGCAUCGCACGGGUCUUCCCUAAUAUUUCUAAAACGGGAGAUGGCUGAAGUAGCAGAAACCCUCAGAGGUCAGAGCUUUGAACGCAAGACAUGACAGACAUGCCUUUGGAAAUCGGAGCAGUCAAUCCAAAGUCUAACGUUUCCGAACAAGAGCCGAUGGGCGAAGGCAAAAAACCAGAAUUUAAUGGAGAUCAGUCGUCCACGAAGAUCUCAAACGACGAUACGAAGCGACCGAGAGAAGGCAGCGAAUCAGAAGAAGAGGAUGAGAUUUCAAAGAAACAGAAGAUCGAAAAGUUAGUAGAAGAAGAAUGCCUUGACAAAUUACAACAAAACGAGGAAGAAGAGGAGGUGAAAGAAGCAGAAAAAGAAGAAGAGAAGAAAACAGAACCUGUUAGUGUCGGUCCUAAGAAUUUCAGUUCAUCGGAGGAGAUUUUUAAUUACUUCUACAAGUUCCUUCAUUGCUGGCCUCCAAAUGUCAACGUCAACCAGUAUGAGCACAUGAUGUUGUUGAACUUGCUAGAGAAGGGCCAUGCUGAUGCAGAGAGGAAACUAGGAGGAGGAGUCGACGCUUUUCAAGUCCGUUACCAUCCAUUGUGGAAAAAGCGAUGCUUCUUUCUCAUAAGGCAGGAUGAAUCUGUUGAUGACUUCAGUUUCAGGAAGUGUAUAGAUCACAUACUCCCAUUACCUGAAAGCAUGAAAGUGAAUUCGGAUGUUAACAAGGUUUUGGGUGGAAGUAAGGGUGGACGCCAUCAGAAGGUGGGUGGAAGAUGUGGGCGUGGCAGUAGAAGAGGAAACUGGUCUAGAAAUUGAGAUUGAAUAAUAAUUACUAGGUUUUGUAUCUUGCUUUAAAACGAAAGACUAUGAGAAAAAAGUAGGAAUCACUUUUUUAUGUUAUAUUUAGCCGAAUGGCUUUGUUUAUUUGCAACUUUGCUUGUCCAUAGUUCAUUUAUAUAAUGCCUUAAAUUGUUUGAAUAUUCUGAUCA